UCAAGACUUCCAUCUUCCCUGGUUCAGCCAAGAAACCAAAGUCGAGAGAAAAUGCUAUAGUCAUAACGCAGUCCAAAGCUCGGCCAUGGAGUCGGAGAGUGCGAGGAUAAGGAAGCAGUUAUUGGAGUUCGAAAAUGGCAAAUUCCGCAUGAACGAGAGAAUGCCAAGAGAUUUGGGAGGUCUGCGCUCGUUGGCAGUAGCUCGGAAACGGACACCUCGACCGAACGCCAAGAGGUUGGAGGAUUGCGAAAAAGGCUGGAACAACGCGUUCACCAAAGGACUGCACUCUCCACCGCCUCCGGCUUCCCCUCGCUCGCCUGCCGCAAGCAAAGGCAAAUGGGCCGCCCCUGACUCCUCAUCCCCGACUCCUUCUGCCAGCCAAGACGGCAAAUAUAUGCGUCGAUGGACCGACCACUGGCGGAGUGUCAGUGAUAUGGAUGGCAACUGGAGAGGCAAAUCAAGUGCCAGAAUCGAAUCCCAAACUCAAAGAGCCAUGAAUGCCAAAAUCCUCGAAGCAGGUUGGGUCUCGACCUUCUAACCCGAUCACACUUCAACGGGAUGCAAGCUUGAAAUCUAGACGCUCUAAACCCGAACCAACGAGACAGCCUUGAGAUUAUUCUAGUCUUAUUUUUCCAAGUAGAUUGUCUGCAACGCGAGAAAAUCAACGUCGUGUAUGAGCCAAGUUCAUAUGGCUCGCUCGAUCGACCGGGAGGCGGGCGGGGAAGCCAUUUCCGAUCCCCCAUAUACACCGCUUUGCAUCUCCUGCGCAUCGCCAACUGGCCCAAGAGUAAUGCUCGCUUCCCUUCGAUGCCUCCGUUUCUGUAGUUCGACACGACAUUCAAGUUGCUUCUGUGUCCCUUUGACGACGGCUCACAUCGAGCUUGAGCUGCUGCUGAGUCUCUUUGGCGCGAGGCAGCUAGUGGAGGGUCAACAUUCAAUGAUUCAGAGAAUGUUGUUUAUUAUAUCAAAGACGCAAGCAAUGUUCAAAGAAACGAGUCGGCUGGGUAAACAUGACCCGCCUCAGAAGAAAACAAUGGAGGAUCUGGAGCGCGAGUGGAUCGAUUGCGGUAAGGGGGAUCUGCUCGGGCAGCCCGAGCCGUCCUGUCAUGGAUUUUGGAACAAGGUGAUCGUGGGCUAUGAUUUCCAGAAGCCCAAAGACGUCGUGAGACUGUGCAGUUUGGAGUGAGGAUGGGCGAAACAUUACAGCGAUCAGAAAUGAAUACCACGCGUUUACGACUUCGACCGAUUCGAUCCCACCCCAACCUCGCUCAACGAAAGGAUCGCUUCCAAAUGCGCGGUGUUCAAAGCAGCAAGGGGAGGGCAAACCGCCGGUGAUUCAAACAGGCCAACUCAGUCCUAGAGCUGCACAAUGGUUCAGUUGAGAAGAAAUAAGAAUUAGUGAAAUAAUGUCCAUCUCAAAAUAACCUGCUCCGAGAAAACGCAAAGAUUAUGUAGUUGCACGUCGCUCGUCAUUGUUCGAAACCUGAAAGUUUAGGGUGGUCGAGGACAUUUGAGCCUUUUGAGUCCCAGGAAACUGAAGAGGCCUGAGGGGGAGAUCGAGCCAGAGAGGGAGGGAGGGAGUUAAGUGAAUGAGUGAGCAAGAAGCUUAGGAAUCAAAGGGUUUGUGGAGGGAAGGUCGUGUGGGUUCGAUUCGCUGGAAAGAGAGAGCCACAGGUAGAACCGUCCACGGAUCGACACGAGAGGGAUUUGUCCACAUCCUAUUGCGGCCCGCUAGCUCGUUCAAUCGUGGCCCCGACAAGGAUGAAUGCUCCGCCGGAUGGUCGGAUCGGCACGAGCACGUCGAACUCGAAAAAGAGAGGUUAUAGCGUUCUGCGCAUUUUAAGCCUCAGUCGAUAUCUUGUCGAAAAGUUCAUUCAUCCGACGACCGACUCCCUCCGCUUUGACACUGCAUUCAUGCCCAAGGCCUAACCGAGUCUUUUCCGCUUUCUUACUUUCUCAGCGAUCAUCCUCGAGAGAUGGUCGCCAUCGAGAAAAUUAUUGUCGGAUCUCACGUCGAGAACUGGAAAGAUGAACUCACCAGCAGCACCCGAGACAUCCCCAUGGGCCAGGACUCGGAACGACCUACUGGAGCUCGUGGACAGACAGCACAAGGCUGGGGAAGAGAAGGGACAAGGGUUUGAGGGAAGAUCCGCUGACGGCGAUAGUCGCCAUUUAGAAGAAUGUACGAGGAGAAUCAUCAGCCUUCCGUGCUAGACAGAGAAUGUAUCGGCACAGAUGAAAGGAAUGCCAUUCUAUAGCUAUGCAGUGUCUGGUUAUUAAAGAAGACGACGGCAAUAAAUGCCACGGAGUGCAUGGACGCCGCCACACAACCAUCGCAAUGAGAGCUCAGGAGCCUUUAUUCUCACACGGCGUGAUCGAGGCCUCGAAAGUUCUGGACACGGAAGGGUAACGGGCUACUGCAUACACUUCCCCUCUUUUCCUUGAGAAAGGUCGGCUCUUAAAACUCGCGCUUUCCUCCACCGCCCACAAUCAUCGUUCCGACGCUGGGAUUGUCCUUGUAGAGGAUUAUCAGUAACAGGUCAGAUUUCCAAACCUCAGAUCUUCCACAAAGACGUCAAGGACCGAUCGAAGUCA